UGCGACUUGGAUUACUCGACCGUUCAGUAGUGGAUCAGUCGCGAUACUUGAAGCACCACGCUUGGACGCCCCUCCGAAAUAAAAGAAGAAAAGUAGAGCUUGCCUUUGUGCGCCGAAAAUAAACUUGCCAAAAAGUUUGAUCACGGUGUCGAACAUUUGCUGAACAUAUGUGCUGUUUUUGGGGCGGGAUUGACGGGUGAUUUCGGCAAAACCGCAAACGGUCAACGCGCGAGGGCGGUUAUUGCGUAGUUUGGGCCGAACUUUCUAGCCCACAACACAGAACACGCGAGAGAGGAUGCACAAGUUCUGCUGUGUUCAGCUGGGAUCAUUUGCAUAAUGGGUCCAACCGCAGCAAGUGGUUGAAUGAGUGUAUAAUCCAACGAAACUCUCUGUUUGUGAAAAGUGCGAACCUGCUACAGAAACUGUGGUGAAUAAAAUAUUCCAAAAUAAAUCGACCUGAACUGGAGUGUUGGCGCUGUUGGUUCUGGGCCCCCGGGAAAUGGCCACCCAGAUUUUGUGCCCACGAAAAUAUGCACAUUAAUUGUUUGAGUUGAUUAAAUCAUCGUUAUGUUCACUCAGAGUCCGCACACGGACCGACUCAACAGGUUGUUCAACGCGCCCAGCGCUUCGCUUAAUCCGAAACCAGUGUUCAAAAGUCCCCGGCAGGUGUCAGUUUAACGACCGCGUAUCUCACCAGACUAAAGUGUGUUCUCUAAACCCGAUCGAAUAAAAACGUUCGAACGAAUCACCAUGGUGGACCUGCGAGGACCCCGGAAGGUCCUGCUAGUGUCCACAGGUGGAGCCGCCACCUUACUCCUAGCGCUGCUGCUCGUCCUGCCAGCGCAAACCCACGGUUAUCUGGAGGACCGGGAGCCCGUCUAUCUGGAGGCCAAGGUGGGCUCGUACGUAAUCCUAAACUGCCCGGUGGAUUUCCCCAAAAACGACCCCAUCCCAUACGUGCUGCACUGGAACAAGGAUAACAAACCCGUUUUCACCCUGUACGACGGCGUGCUCAACUCGUACGAGACGUUCCUCGGGCGGGUGACGCUGCUGAACAACGACCUCGUGUACGGGAAGGCCUCGCUGAACCUGACGUCGAUCCGCGAGAGCGACAACGGGUGGUACGAGUGCAAGGUGAUCUUCCCGAACCGGGUACCGAACAAGCGCAACAACGGCACCUGGUUCCACAUCUCGGUGUUGGGAGGAACUCUGCUGAAGAUCCCACCGGUCAACAGUACCGUGCUUGAGGGUGACCCGGCGUUCUUCAAGUGCCUAGCCCAGAACCCGGAGACGAUGUUCAUCGACUGGUUCAAGGACAACGUUUCGCUGCUGGAUAUGUACGACCUGAUGCGUAGAUCCACCUUUGGCCCCGAUGGGAGCCUGAUGAUCAGUCCGACCCAGAUGAGCGAUCUGGGCUUCUACAAGUGUGUGGUGAGGAACCACUUCAACGAUACGCAAGACGCGACGGCGUUUCUGAACGUGCAGUACAAGGCCAAAGUGAUCUACGCCCCGAAAGAGGUCUAUCUGCCGUUCGGUGAGCCCGCCGUCCUGGACUGUCACUUCCGGUCGAACCCACCGCUCACGAACCUGCGCUGGGAAAAGGACGGCUUUCUGUUCGAUCCGUACAACGUGCAGGGCGUGUUCUACAAGCGCAAUGGGAGCAUCUACUUCGAAAAGGUGGACGACGCGCACGCCGGCCGGUACGCGUGCACCCCGUACAACGAGCUGGGCACGGACGGGUCGUCCCCGAUCAUCAACGUGAUCGUGCAGAAGCCGCCGUACUUUAUAUUGAAGCCCAAGUUGUUGUACGUGACGAAGAUCGGAUCGACGGUGGAAAUGCACUGCGAUGCGCGUGAUCGCGACGGAACGCACGUGCCGCAGAUCACGUGGGUUAAGAAAGACGGAAGCAUGUUGCCACACGGGCGUUACCAAAUCAACGGGGGAAAUCUGACCCUGGAAGAGAUCAUCGAGUCCGACCGAGGAAUCUACGCGUGUCAAGCGGUCAACGAAGCGGCCACGAUCAGUGCCGAUGCAGAGAUCAUGAUCGAGAACGUUUCACCGCGGGCGCCGUACAAUCUCACCGGAAACAGUUCUGAUACGGCCAUCACGUUGCGCUGGGCACCCGGAUACAUUCGACAGUAUCUGGAGUACAUCAUCUGGUACAGGCCAACGGACGGCAUCGAGUGGCGAACGUUCAAGGUUAGCAACAAGCACAUGCUGGAGGCGACCAUCACGAACCUGCAGCCGGCGAAGGAGUACGAGUUUAUGGUGCUAUGUCAGGACAAUUAUGGCGAUGGGAUGUUCAGCAAGGCGUUCCGGUAUUUUACGAAACCCCGCGAAUUCGAGCAGCCGGAGACGUUCCAGGACACGCUGCUCCAGUUCAACCAGAUUGGGUCACCGCUCAACCUGACCAUCGAGAAGCGCUCCAGCCACUUUGAAGCCCACUGGCAGCCGCCGGAGCUGGGCCUGGACCAGCUGCGGUACUACAUCCUGCGCUGGUGGAUCGAACCGCAGCACAAACUGCACGGAAGUGUCACGACUCCCGAGAUCAGUCACACCUUUGAGGAUCUGGACGAGGACGAGUUGUACACGUUCCAGGUGUUUGCGAUGUCCACCACGAACUACACCAGCGGCAGCAACGAGGUCGAGGUCUACGUGUACCCGUACAAGAAGGUCAAGGCGAUGACGGUCAGCGGCGUGCUGAUUCUGCUCAUCUGUCUGGCCGUGAUAUGCAUGCUGCUGUACAUGAAGCGGAACCGGAUGAAAAAGCUGCGCGAGGCCGAAAACGUCAAAAUCUAAUCCACAGCAAAGCGGGAAGUCAUGUAACGACGUCGGCAGCUGUUGAGUUGACCAGACACACUGUUCAGUAGGUUUAGAGCGUAAAUUAAACUGUCUGAUUACCUUAGGUUAAGUCGUCUUAAAUUAAACCAAAAAAAAAAAAACAAAUGUUUCCCUGAAAUAAAAAGUUGCAAUAUCGUUUAGUGUAGAAGUCAAUAA